AUGUCUGGUUCAUCACAACGUCUGCGUAUUGGCAUCAUCGGUGCCGGAGAAGUGACCCAAAUCAUUCAUCUGCCAACACUUUGUCAACUCUCGCAUCUUUACGAAAUUACUGCAGUCUGCGACCUGUCCAAGAAAAAUGCAGAGCAUUGCGCAGCAAAGUACCAUAUCCAAACGGCAACCACGGAGCCAAAGGAUAUCUUCAACAGCUCAGAUGUAGACAUCGUCUUCAUCUCUGUUUCCGAUGAGUUUCACGAGCCCUAUGCGAUCGCAGCUCUCGAAGCACAGAAGAAUGUGUUUAUUGAGAAGCCGAUCACCCUGUCAAUGCAAUCUGCUCAACGUAUCAUCGAUGCCGAGAAGAAAUCCAAGGGUCGUGUAUGGGUGGGAUACAUGAGACGUCACAGUCGCACAUUCACAGAUGCUUUCAAGCGUGAGCUCGAGUCCAUCCCAAAGAUUCUCUAUGCCAGAUCUCGUGACUUCUCAGGACCGAAUGGCAAAUUUACCUCACAAUCAGGCACUUUCCCUGUCAAGAACACCGACUUCCCACCUUCAGCAGGAGAAGAGCGAACCAAACGAGUCAACGCCCUUCUACACGAAGCCUUUGGCACAGACCCGACACCCGAACAAGUAAACUAUGCCCGGUUCCUCGGUAGCUUGGGAAGCCACGACAUUUCUCUGAUGAGAGAAGCCCUCGGUUUCCCUGAACAAGUCACAGCCGUGACCGUCAACGAACCCUUCUACUCCGCCAUCUUCAAAUUGCGCAACAAAUCAGGCGCAAAGGAUCCAUUCUACGUGACCUACGAGUCCGGCAUCGACGGUGUGCCAGAGUUUGAUGCUCAUCUCGCGGUUUAUGGUGAGAACAAGCGCGUCACAAUCUUCUAUGACUCGCCGUAUAUCAAGACUCAGAAGCCUGUAGUGGUCAGGGUGCAAGAAGUCAAUGAGUCCGGAGAAGUGCAGACGAGAGAAAUCAUCAGCUCAUUUGAAGACGCCUUUGCGAGCGAGUUCCAGGACAUGCACGAUUGCUUGGUCAAUGGCAAGGAAAUAAAGACGAGUGCUGAGGAUGCUAUCAACGAACUCAAAUUGUAUGACUUGAUGUACAAGAAGUAUGCUGAGAGCAACGAGUAA